GGAGGGAGUGUGUGUGUGUGAGAGAGAGAGAGCGAGAGAGAGCAGGACUGUCUACACCGUGGCGGAGAGGAAGCAACUAUUCCAGCUGCCGCGUUGGACCAGCGUAACCUGAAUCAUGACGGAAAAACGGAUGUCUCGCUGGUAUUUCGGGGGGCUCGCAUCGUGCGGGGCCGCCUGCUGCACACACCCGCUGGAUCUGGUGAAGGUGCACCUGCAGACACAGCAGGAGGUGAAGAUGAAGAUGGUCGGCAUGGCGAUGCACGUGGUGAAGAACGACGGUGUCUUGGCCCUCUACAACGGACUCAGUGCCUCUUUGUGCAGACAAAUGUCGUACUCUCUGACGAGGUUUGCCAUCUAUGAGACGGUGAGGGACAUGAUCAGCAGUGACUCUAAGGGCCCCAUGCCAUUCUACCAGAAGGUGCUGCUGGGAGCCUUCGGAGGCUUUACUGGAGGCUUCAUUGGGACUCCUGCUGAUAUGGUGAAUGUGAGAAUGCAGAAUGAUGUGAAGCUUCCUCCAGAGCUGAGGAGAAACUAUAAGCAUGCACUAGAUGGACUCUACAGGGUCUUCAGGGAAGAGGGCGUGAGGAGGCUGUUUUCCGGAGCCACCAUGGCCUCGAGCAGAGGAGCUCUGGUCACCGUCGGGCAGCUGGCCUGCUAUGACCAGGCCAAGCAGCUGGUCCUGGGGACUGGUAUCCUAGGAGACAACAUCCUCACCCACUUCCUGUCCAGCUUCAUCGCUGGCGGCUGUGCUACAUUCCUCUGUCAGCCACUGGACGUGAUGAAGACGAGGCUGAUGAACUCUAAAGGAGAAUAUACGGGGGUGAUGCAUUGUUUGAAGGACACAGCCAAACUGGGACCAUCAGGAUUUUAUAAGGGUUUGGUUCCGGCGGGAAUUCGGCUGAUCCCUCACACGGUGCUGACCUUCCUCUUCCUGGAGCAACUCAAGAAGUACUUCGGCAUCGUCGUGGUUACUUGAGUCGGGGAGCUGCCGCUGUGAACUCUGGGAACACAAAUGGACACACACACACACACACACACACACACACACACACACACACACACACAUAUGAACACACAUAGUAACAUAGUAGUAGUUAAAAUUGGGGCAGAAAACUGGAAAUGAUGUGUAAUGUAACACCCCUUUGCCUCUUAAUAUCAAGAUAAGUGCUAACACACACACACACACACACCUUGCGUUAACAGCCAUCAUACAUCUUUGCCAUCAUACACCUGUGCCAUAUUAAGUUAAAGACAUACACACAUUCACCCCCCCCCCCCUCCACAUACACAAACACACACACACACACACACACACACACACACACUUUCACAUAAUCACGCAUUAAAGACAACACAGAGGACAAUACCACCUCCACAGACACACAGUGUGUCUGACUGAAGCCUCUUUUCCAUCGUGAUGUUUACAUCUACCAAAGUGCAUCAAGACACAUAUUACAUCAUCCCCGCUGCAUGAAGCAAACUAUCACCUAACUGACUUAAAGGAAUAUGCCAACUUUUGGGAAAUAAGCGUAUUUGAGCUCUACCCCAGAGGUUGAUAAGAUUACCUUCAUUUCCCAACUAUUAGCCACGGCUUACAGGCUCUUCAACUAAGAGGUUAAUACACGGGGGUCAGUUAAUAUGGUAUUAAUACGGUUUUGUUUCUUUUGACUUGCAUAAAACACUGCCCUGCGACUGAUACACAAUGUGGUUAAUACACAGGAAAUGACUGUAAUACAUAUUCUUCUCUUCUCUGUGCGUGCAAUAACCAAGUUAGACACCGUUAGCUUAGCUUAGCAUAAUUCACUGGAAGGGGGUUAAACCAGUUAGCCUGUAGCCACUGUUAGCUUAGCCUAUAGCCACGCACUCUUGCUGUAUAAAGUCUAGUAUUACCUACGAGACUCAGUAGUUAGUGAGUCACCCAGACGGUACCUUAAACCAGACCCUCCCUGGUCUUGUUGAGACACAGUUGUUUAAUGAAUGCAGAGGAACAUGUAUGUUCACACACAUAUACACAAUGCACAGACAAACAGACAUGCAUACACACAUAGAAGAGAUGGAGGAUAUAACUGGAAUAUAGGGAUCAACACACACACACACACACACACACACACACACACACACACACACGUACCCAGACCACCAACACACACACACACACACACACACACACACACACAUUAUCACAAAAACUCACACUCAGACACUUUUAUAGCCAACGACUGAUUGUUGUCUCAACGACCGCUCGAGACCUACCAAGACCCGCCAAGAAUAGUGUUUACCGCCCGUGCCCAUGUCAAGCUCUAGCAUUGUGCAGGUCACUUCCUAUCCUUCAUCUCAGUUGUGUCCACGUGCCAUCGAAAGGGAACAUAGCCAACGAUGUUAUCCAGCUUCAAAGAGAGCAGCUCCAGUGUUUGUCCAGUCUCUGUUUUUAAGGACACUCCGUAGUAUCCUUACUUACCUAGCUAGGAUCCUUACUUAGUGUACUACCAAGGACUAAAGGGGAUGAAAACGCAUACUUACCUAAGAAAGACUGCCUUACUUCUAACGGGUAUGUGUGUCUGUGAAUGGUUUAUAACGCUACGUAUCGUGUGUAUUUCGAUACCCAUCGUGGAUGAUCAGUUUAUAACGCUACGUAUCGUGUGUACAUUGAUACCCAUCGAGGAUGGUCAGUUUAUACGCAACGUAUUGUGUGUACAUUGAUUCCCAUCGAGGAUGGUCAGUUUAUAUAACGCAACGUGUUGUGUGUUCGUUGCUGCCCAUGGAUGCAGUUGCUGCUGAUAGAAGGACGAUUGGUCAGACAGAAUGCUGUAUGGUGUGGAUGGUAUUUUAAACCCUGGAAGGCGAUGUGAUCUGAUGAAUGUUAUAUACUGUAGGUCUGUGCUGCUCAGUUUUAUUCAUCAAACAAAAUACAACUUCAAACUCUUACUCUCACACACACACACACGCACACACACGCACACACUUACUGUAGACAGAACACAGACAAAAUGUUGUUUGGUUUGGUUUGGUUUGGGUAUAAUGCCAAAUGAUACAAUGAAGUCAGAAGCCAAACAUGGACGCACACACACACACACACACACACACACACACACACACACAAACACACAUUAUACAUUCUGUACAACACUAUGCCAUUCUCCAUUCUACCAUUUCAAAACACUGCCAGCAUUUCCCAGGUGGGACAUUCAGUACUGGUCACAGCAGUCGCAGUCCCGUAUUCCCUCACACACACACACACACACACACACACACACACACACACACACACACACACACACACACACAUUUUUAUAAUUUAUAACUUCAGAUUUGCUCUGCAACACGUGCAUGCAUAUCACACCAACGUGCUACCAUCCCAGACAGACGAUACCACAGAGUUUUGGAAGUUCUAGAAUAAUAAUGAUGUAGUAGAGUUUUAGAGAAUUGUAUUGUGGGAUUGCACUUUGCAAACAUCACAACCUGCUUGUAGUAUCAAGCGGAACAAUGACAGUGUUUAGAGAGAUUUUUUUAAUUUGCACUGAUUGACCUUUAAAGACACAAUGCUACUGUUUUAUUUUGUUAAUCUCCAUCCAUACGGAUGAGAUUAGGUGGAUUUACGGAAGAUUUAAUGCCUUACCUACAUGUUGCCUCUAGAGGGCAGUGUGACACAGUUAUUUCAUGGCUUGGCAGUGCCGAGAGCUCUUUGAAGAGGGUGUGCGAGUGGAUUUGUGUGUGUGCGUGUGUGUGUGUGUGUGUGUGUGUGUGUGUGUGUGUGUGUGUGUGUGUGUGUGAAAUAGAGAUUGAAAGAGAGAGAGCGAGAGAGAGUGCCUCUUGAAUGACUUGAUGCACCUGAGGUGGUGUGGAUAGUCUACUACAUCCUGCCUGAGUUAUGGGCUGUAAUAUACUCGCGGGCUGCAUGCAGAUUUCUCUUCUUUAAUAUGUACCAUAAUGUGGACGCCAUUCCCUGUGGCCCGUGGAAAGAUGGAAAGAGAUAUAUAGGCACACACCAUCAAAACAUGCAAUUUAUUUUCAAGAUUUUCCAUCUAUGCUGGAAUUAUGCAUUGUAAAGAAAAUCCCAUCUUCCCAUCCUGGAGCAAAUCAGUCCAUAUAGGUUAUGAACCAGCUCUCUUCGCAGGAAGAGAUCUCUAGAAUAUAUAAUGCAAUGCAAACUGGACGUUUUUAAUUCUGUAUAAAAAUGUGAUUUAUUAUUUUUUAUUUUAUGAUUUUAUUUUGUCUGAGAUGGCUAAUACUGUAUGUUGUAGAUUUAUUUUGGAAUUAAACUACUAAUGAGUCAGAA